AUGUUGCUUUUAAAAUUGUUAUCACUUCUUUUAGUAAUUAGCUUGAAGUGUUUAAUGGGACAUCAAAUUAACACAGGUUUUCGAAGUUUUUUCUUACAUACACAGUUAAGUUCAAAAAAUAACAAUAAUAAUAUAAUAAAACAAAAGAGAGAUAUUUCAUUAUAUGCGGUUCCAAAGAAAAAAAGUUCCCAUAGAGAUACCAGGAGAAGAAAAGUAGCAUGGAUGAAAAAAAACCCAGCUAAAUUGUAUAGGACUAGUUCUUAUGACAUGGACGAAAUAAUGAGAUAUACCGACAGGAAGCUAACAUCACAUUACACAACCCGAGAUAACUGGCUAAACCUCCCUUCUACAACAUUAAUAAACGAUUUCUUUCUGUUCAGGGAAAUAAGAAACUAA